CACAUUCUCUUCCUUAAGACAUGCCUAAUCUUCCUUCAUCUUCUUCUUUUCUUCUUUCUGCUAUUCUCAUUUUUUGCAUCUCACAUUCUGCCCUUGCCACCAACCAUGCAGAAACUAUCGCUGACUCUCCUAUGUUGACGCAAAAGUUAGGAAUUAAUCGUACCAUCAAAGUAGACAUCAAUGGCAACGGGGAUUUCACAAGUGUACAAGCUGCCAUAGAUUCCAUUCCUGAAGAUAAUUCUCAGUGGGUAAUAGUUCAUAUCAGAAAAGGAGUAUACAGAGAAAAAGUGCGCAUACGAUCUAAUAAGCCUUAUAUAUUCCUGAGAGGGAAUGGGCGAGGAAGAACCGGCAUAACUUGGUCUCAGAGCUCUACAGACAACGUGGCUUCUGCCACCGUCAGAAUCGAAGCACAUGACGUCAUUGUCUUUGGGAUUAGCUUCCAGAAUGAGGCACCUACGGGGCGUGCUUAUACCUCGCAAAACCAAUCGGUGGCAGUGUAUGUGGCAGCAGAAAAAGUAGCAUUUUAUCAUUGUUCAUUUUACAGUACUCACAACACUCUGUUUGAUCAAAAAGGUAGACACUACUAUGCUAAUUGCUACAUUCAAGGCUCAAUUGAUUUCAUAUUUGGUCGUGCCAGAACAAUCUUCUAUCACCCUGAAAUAUUUGUGGUGGAUGAUAAAAGGUUAACGGUUCAAGGUUCAAUCACGGCUCAUAAUAGGGAAAAUGCAGAAGAGUUGAAUGGAUAUAUCUUCAUCAAAGGCAUGGUUUAUGGCACUGGUGCAGUUUACCUGGGAAGGGCCAAGGGUCCUUAUUCUAGGGUUAUUUUUUCUGAGACAUAUCUGUCCAAGACCAUUGUCCCUGCGGGGUGGACCAAUUGGAGCCAUUCUGGUAGCACAAAAAACAUAGUCCAUGGGGAGUACAAUUGCCGUGGACCUGGUGCUGUGAGGGAGGGACGUGCUCCUUGGUCGAUGCAGCUAACUAAGAAAGACGUUGAGCAAUUUUUAUCUAUUGAUUAUAUUGAUGGCAAAAAUUGGUUGCCAGUAUGGUUGUAA